AUGCUAAAUGCUUUGCUGAGAACGGUGCGAACCUCCUCGCCGAGAAGGUAUGUUUUCCAAGCACGUUCAAUCACAAGACUUCAGAGGAAAGAGAAUCGGUUAAAAAAUAUCAAUAAAUUACCAUUUAGAGUUGAAGGCAGAAAUUUUUGGGACUCAGAAACAAAGAUAUUUUCACAAUCUAAGAUAGGUUCACGUACAUAUGAAUAUACUGAGGGGCUUUUUGAACCAUUUCUCAAGCAAGAAAAUCACACAUUUGAUGAAAUCAACAAACUAUGGGAAUUAGUUUCAACAUAUGAAUAUAUCAGAUUUUCUGAUGCAUUAGAAUUAAUAACUGUCUUUGAAGUUAACUCCAAAAUAGAUGAAGCCAAAAGCAUACUGCGCAAGAUUGACUACAAAGACAUAUCACGAUCAGAUUUGAUUGAGUUGGGGAAAAGAUGUGCUACAUUUGAUGCUCUAGAUUUAAUCGUUGAAAUAUCACAUGAGUUUGGUAAAUCAGUGUUCAAUCGUCCUACAAUUUUAAGGGUCUUAGAAGAAAGUACUAAGAUCCUAUUGGAUAACAAACAAGAAUAUAAAGCUUUAGAUGUUUAUAUAAGAGCUUGUCUUGGUGUUUUCAGAAAGCAUUAUAUCACAGGUUCCUUUUAUGGUCAGAAUUACAUGGAUUUAUACGGGUUAAUAAUAAGGAAAAUAAAGGAUUUAGGAUAUGUUAUAGAAGCAGUUCAAAAGUCAACAAUUGACCAUGAUAUAGAAAUAAAGAAAAGCAUUUAUUACACAACAAUACGGUCAUUAUUUUAUGUUGAAAGAAAUACCAUCAGAUUGCAACUUUUGUUUGAUCUUAUUCCUGAAGAAUUUAAAGACCAAAAUAUCGUCUCAUACGUUUUUAGAUCAUUUCUUUAUUAUGAUAAACCAAAAGCUGCAAAAAGUGUUGCCACAAAUUAUGCAGUGAUGUUAGGAUCUGACGAUAAAGCAACAAUUCAACUCUAUUCGAGUAUAGCGGAAUUAUCACUGGGAGACCUGUACGACUUGUUCUAUAAAAAUUUAAAGACGGAUACCAAUGAGGCUUUUCUUGUGCUCAAAUAUGCUUUUAAAAGGCUACGUCGGGAAGGAAAUACAGAACUCAUGGAGUUUAUGGCUGACAAGUUUGCUGAAGAAAGCUCUGACGGUCUUAUUUUUGCUUAUAAUCAGAUCAUGAAACAUCACUUGUCUCAAAACAAUUCUGAAGAUUUUUUUAAAACCUUUAGAAAAUUAGCGUCAUCAAAAGAAGAACCAAAUGAAGAAUCUUACAGUCUUUUGUUGAAACAAUUUUGCAGAAAGAAAGAUUUAAAAUCGGCAUUUUCUCUUUUGGAUUUCAUGAUAGAAAAAAACAUGUCAAUAGAUAUUGAAAAAUUGAAUGAUAUGGUGAAAGUAUGCUCUGUCUUGGGUGAUACUCAAAGCGCUGAGAAAGUUGACAAAGUUGCUACUUUAUUGAAAAUUGAACGUGACUCAAAAUUUUAUUCAAAUAUGAUGGCAGUUUAUGUCAGUGUGAACUAUUAUUCUCAAGUUGAGAAGGUUUUUGAAUCGGCAUCAGUGACACCAGACUCAACAAUGUAUUCUGAACUCAUCAGAAUGCAUUUGAGGAAAAAAACUUACAAAGAAGCCCAACAAAUUUUCGAUAUGAUCUCCAAGGGAGAUUAUGAGUUAGGUGAAGAAUUUUACUUUGUUAUGAUUGAAUAUUUCUGUAAUAUUAAAGAUUUUGAUAGUGCAGAGGAAGCGUUAGCUAAUAUUAUAAAAAGUCCAGAAUCUUUCAAUUUGCACAAAGCAUUUGAAAAAUUGAUGGCUGGUUAUAAUAGAGAGCAAAGAUAUACAGAAGCAACACAAGUCUUCAAUAAACUAAUAUCAUUAGAAAUGAAUCCGAGUGAUAAUAUGCUGAGGUUACUUUUAAAAUCAUUAACUCGUACAAACUUUGUCAAUUUUGGGAACUAUUCAAGACCAAAGAAAAUUGCUGAAGAUAUAAUGAGCGCAUAUGCUAAUAAAACUCUUGAACCAGAGAGAAAAUACUUACCUGUACGGAUUUUUAGGCCAUUAAUGAAAUACUUAAUAGAUUAUUAUGAUCCACUUGAAGCUGCUGCUUUAUUAGAAAGUUAUGAAAUUGCCACUAAAAAUGAUGAUAAAUCAAAAGAUCUAGAUUAUUUGAAAGAAAGAAUCAUCUUAGGUGCUAAGUUCAAAGAUUGGGAUACCGUCAAUGCUGUUUUCACCUUACUUAUACAAGAAUUUAAGUAUAGAUUUUCAAGUGGAGAUAUUCCAUAUAGAUACAGAGGAUCAUUAGUACCAGUUAUAAAUCAAGCUGCCAAAUCACAUUCUCAUUUUAAUCAACAUCAAGAAUUUAAAGCACUUAUUGAUGAUCUAUUUAGAACUAGAAGGUUUAUUUUAAAUAAUCGUAAUAUGAAUGAUAUUGCUGUUAUCUUAUUAGAAAAUAAAAAAACUUUCAAAAGUGGACUAAUAAUGAUUGAAGAAAAGUUAAUGGGUGGUUUCAUUGCUCGUGCUGUGAUGCAUGGUCGUGAAUGGUUCGAAUCUGCUCUACCUUAUGGUGUUCCUUUACCUACCUAUCGAAACCAGAUCACUCCACCAAGGUUAUUUUUGUUGAAUUCGUCAUAUAUGCAUGUUGUCAUGCACUUGAGGCUUUAUUUGAGAACCCAGUCAAAAGCUUAUGAGACAAGGGAUCAGAAACUUCAAUUUUUACAAGAGUUCAAGAUAACGUAUCCAAAGAUUUUUAGAAACUUUCACGGUACUAUCAUCCAUGCGUUUCCAUCUCUGCGUAACGAGAUUUUGAAAUUUAUCAAUAUGGAAGAUAAAAUUAAAGCCUCUGAUGUUCAAGUUCCUGAAGUCACAGAGGUCUAG